CAGCUGUCACUAAGUAGCCGAGCCCUUCCAGGCCCAGGGCUCAUGAUUUCUGCAGCACACUGUUUGUACAAAGUUUCCCGCGGCGUUUAAAUGUCAGCCCUCUGAAUGCAUUUUGACCCUACAUAAAAAGCAGGGGGGUUUAUUCGAACUAAGGAGUACCUGCAGACAAGCUGCGAUCACAAAUCCUUCUCGCAGCCCCCCAGCACCCCACUGAUGCUGGCUGACACUUUAAGUGAGCACGGGGAACCGACGCCGUCACACGGGCUGCCGCGGGGGCCCUGCCGGGAGCGCGACCGGAGCCCACCCUUCAGCAAAGACACAGAGCCCAGAAUCUAUGUCAAGGCUCCUCCGGGAAAAGUGGAAGAGGUGGUGAGGUUUGCUAUUGAUGCAGGCUAUCGCCUCUUUGACUGUGCCUAUUUCUACCAGAAUGAAAAGGAAAUAGGGAAUGCAAUCCAGCAGAAGAUCAAGGAGGGGGCUGUGCAACGAGAAGACCUCUUUAUUGUCACUAAGUUGUGGAACACAUUUCACGAGAGGUCCUUGGUUAAGGUAGCUUGUAAGAAGAGCCUCGCUGCACUGCAACUGGAGUACCUUGACCUCUACCUGAUACACUUCCCUAUGGGAUUCAAGGCUGGUGAAGAAUUGCAUCCUGUGGAUGACAAGGGUAUGAGUAUUCCCAGUGAUACAGAUUUUCUGGACACUUGGGAGGCCAUGGAAGAACUGGUGGACUGCGGUCUGGUAAAAGCCAUUGGUAUUUCCAACUUUAACCAUGAGCAGGUUGAAAGAAUCUUGAACAAGCCGACAUUGAAAUACAAGCCAGUAAAUAACCAGAUCGAAUGUCAUCCAUACCUAACCCAGGAAAAGUUGAUCAAGUAUUGUAAAUCCAAAGGGAUUGCUGUGACUGCAUACAGCCCCCUUGGCUCUCCUAACCGCCCAUGGGCCAAGCCAGGGGAACCUGUGCUGCUGGAUGAUCCCCGGAUUAAAGAGAUUGCAGUUAGACAUCAUAAAACCCCUGCCCAGGUUCUGAUCCGGUUUCUUAUCCAAAGAGAAGUGAUUGUCAUUCCCAAGUCUGACAAACUACAGCGUGUUGAGGAAAAUAUCAAGGUGUUUGACUUUGAACUGUCUAAAAAGGAGAUGGAUGUCAUCCUCAGCUUUAACAAGAACUGGAGGGCAGUUCCAGUGCUCCAGUAUGUUCCUUAUUAUCCUUAUUCUCCAGUAGGCCUAUCUCUAGCUGUAUUUUCAUCCCCCGUAUCUUGAAAACAUAUAUGACCAAAACCAGGGAGAGGUCAAAUCUUAAACCCUGGACCCCAGGUAACGAGAUAUCCUGGAACUGAUACUGGGAGGGAGAUUCAUUUAAAGGCAUUCCCUUCAGCAUCUUGGUGUUGCAUAUGCUUGUUCACAAGCCUGUGUUCAAAUUGACGACAACAGCAAAACUUGAGUACAGUGGCUGUGGGGGAGGGAGACUGCAGUAGGGAAAUGCUGCUGAAGAUAUUUUCUACAAUAAUUAAAUAACCAGGUCUUUCUCUUCUCAGAGCCGUUAAUCACAAGGACUACCCAUUCAAAGCAGAAUAUUAAUGCCAGUGGCUUCUGCAAGGCCUCUGUAUAACGCCUUCCAGAUUAGAAGAUGUAGCUCGGUCUUGAUUUCUUCUUCUGUACUAGACAAUCAUUACAAGCAGUUACUUGUCCUCCUGUUUCAGGAGGAGAUCACUAGCUGCUAUAAGAAUGCAUCAGUAGGAGUGAGUUUUGUAAAGAUGGUUAGCAGAAAUCUGGUUUUGAUUAAUAGUAAAAAGACAAUGUCUCUUCAUUUUCUUUUUUCCUUGUCUUCCUUAAUUAAAGACAUGUUUAACAGAAAACUCUGGUUACUUACAUGAUUCUUUGUAUGUUAUUUCCAGUGUAGUCAGUCAUACUGGCUCAUGAGUUGCUGUCAAGGAAUGCUGUCUUUAAUUACCUUGCUUUUUACAUAGUUGUGAUUUUUAUAGUGUAAAUCUCUAAUGCUUUAAAAUUUUAUAUUAAUAAAGUUUGAAUAACAACAAAA